AGUUUGUUGUUUUCCAUUGCUUCUCAUUUCGGACACACACAUCAUAAAAUUGUGUUAAUUUUUUCACAAAUCUGGAGAGUAAAAUUAAGUGAAAAUAUUGUGAACAGCAGUGGAAAAUGGAAAGUUGCUAAUACGUGUCAACGUCGUUUAUAACAUUUUACUCCGCGAAAAUCUAAUUAGAUUGCUGAAACAAAAGUUGGAAGGAGCAAUUGGAAAACCUCCAACGCCAAUUCGUAAAUACAUUGCAGUUAUUUUGGAGUUGCUGGAAUAGUUGACACCACAACAAAUAAACACGGAUAAUCACUUGAUAGCAGACUUUCUCACUUUGGUGGAUUUAAUUUAGAUUUUAUGUUGUAUUUUGGCAGUUAAACAAGCAAUAGUAGUGCAAAUCUUUGGACGCACAAAAAUGGGUGAUGAAUUUGAUGGCUGCGAGUGUGUCUGGUCGCACGAGUACGCGAUGCAGCGACUAUUGGCGAUGAUACGGCAGAGCCAGAAUCAUUGCACGGAUACGGAAUGCGUCGAUAUAUCGGGUCGCAUGCGUGAGACCACUACAACUGGCAAUGGAAAUGAGGAAAGUAACUUCACUAUGGUUACAAUGUUUAUGAUCUUUGCGGUGCUUAUGUAUUUGAUACGGCCAGAAUCGAUUAUGAAAUUAACAAAUACAAAACGGCGUUCGCAGAGACAAGAUCCUAAUGGUGGCUUGCCACCACCACCGCCGCCACCGGCACCGCCUGCAGUCAAUUAAUAUUGGCGUUUCGUUUUGUGCGAACUGCAAACACUAAAUUUUUUGUCUAUCAACUGUAAUUCAAUACAAAUAAGUUAACACCACCUAUUCUUUUCAAGUAUAAUUCUAAAUACUUGUUCCCUAAGGGGGAAUGCGAAUUUACAUUGCAACCGUUUUAAAAUUAUUAAAAGAUGUUUAUAAUGGGUUCUAAAGAGCUUAAAAACAAACAUUUGGAAUAAAUUAAAUUAUUGUGCAAUAAAAAUUGAAAAUUUUUAGGCACGUUAUAGAUCACGCGAAGAAAAUAUAUUUAUAAAAUUUUUAAAUAAUUUGUAAUUUCUGCAACUAAUGCAAACCAUUCCAUACAAGGAUUUCUCAAGUGAAAAUUAGGAACACCAAAUUUGCCCGCAAAUCAAUAAGAAUAUAUUUGUAAUUGAAAAUAUAAGAAUAUAUGUACAUAUACAUAUACAUAUGUACAUAUAUAGGUACAAGUAUGUACAUUCAUAUAAUAUAUUUGAUUGUACAAGUGUUUGAAUAAUGUGCUUUAAUUGUGAAAAUUAUAUUGGGUCGCUUUUGGUGUAUCUUAGAAGCGUGAAUGAAUAUAAAGUGUUCUUUGUGAAAAGCAUAAAAAUUAAAAAAAAAUCUAAGACGAUUUAGCAAAUGCCACCUAUUCAAAGCAAUUAAUAUUACCACACAUAAAUAUAUAUAUACAUAUAUAUAUAUAUAAAUGUGCGAAUACAUAUCUGCAUAAACAUACUUUAUUUUUGAUUAUAUGCUGCAGCUUGCAUUGUAUAUCACGAACUUGAAGUAGAUAGUUGGUAAUAUUUCUUAUGUUAAAUUCUUAUACAUAAUCUGAAUAAAUAAAUUUACAACUGCACACAUAAA